AUGCUUCAUGUAGUCCGCAGCACUGCACUCGAUCAAAGUUCUCCAGUAUCACCUGAAAACUUCGGUCAGGCUCUGCUACGCAAGAUAGAGAUGGUUGAACAGAAAGAACAGAAACGACACGACGAACUACUAAAAGUCGUUACAGGUUUAGCAGAAAAGCUUGACAAGAGUGAAGGUAGAAGUGAUAGAGUAAAUGUUUGUAGGGUGACUAGUGGGUUUCCUCUAACACAUAAGAUUCCCGUCUGCUCCAAAAACGUAAUUUUGGAACUAUCGAAACGUGUGUCGAAACCACAGUGGAAGUUUCUUGCAAGGAGGCUGUAUCUCCCUGAACACGAGAUUGACCAAAUAGAGGCUAAUCAUAGGGAAAACAUCCAGGAGCAGAGCUAUCAGAUGCUUUUGAAAUGGAGAGAGAGCAGUGGUGGAGGGUCUUACCAGGAACUUGGCGAGGCUUUGAGAAGGGAGUUUGGGGAGCAGCUUUACUCGGACUUUGUGAAAAUAGUCAGAGAGUCUGAAGAACAAUAA